GAACAGUCGUCUGCUCUUGGAGCGGUCAUUAAAGGACUUCUCCCGAGCCCCCCAAGAAACCUUACCCUAAACUUUAUCUGACGAUUUUUCCAUAAACAGUUCCGGCACCUCACCUCAGCUGGCCCUUGCGUCCACUGUCAGCCGAAGUACGGGAAUUGCAAAAGUCGGGGAAUUUUCAAUUAGGGGCUCAAGUCCCCCCGAGGCAUCGUCAACGUAUAACCUUCCCUGCAGAAGUCGAAAAUAUUUUGGCGUCGUGGUUUUGGGACUGUUUUAGAGGGUGGCGAGGGGACCAUUCCAAAUAAAGAACCACAGCUGCCUGACAUCAUAUGGACUUGUGAUUGAAGGAGGCUUGGGAUGUCGCUAUUUGGACUGCACAUUGGAAAGGAAAAGUUUAAAGAGCAAGAGAGGCAUUUACAAGCAAACAACCGGGAAUUCAAUGAGAAAUUUGAAUAUGCGUCCAAUUCCAUCAAGACAUCAAAGUAUAACAUCAUCACCUUCUUGCCUCUCAACCUGUUCGAACAGUUUCAGAGAUUAGCAAAUGCCUAUUUCCUGGUUUUGCUGGUCUUGCAGUUUAUUCCUCAGAUUUCAUCAUUGGUUUGGUACACAACCGUGAUCCCCUUGGUGCUGGUGCUGUCCAUAUCAGGAGUGAAGGAUGCAAUCGACGACCUUAACCGACACAAAAGUGACAACCACGUUAACCAUCGACCUGUGCAGGUGCUGGUAAAUGGAAUGUUGAAGGAGGACAUUUGGAUGAAUGUCCAAGUGGGAGAUAUAAUCAAACUAGAAAAAGACCAUUUUGUCACGGCCGAUGUGUUGCUGCUCUCGAGCAGCGAACCUCACAGCCUGGCCUACAUUGAGACGGCGGAGCUGGAUGGGGAAACAAAUCUGAAAGUGAAACAGGCCCUCACUGUCACCAGCGAGAUGGGCGACAACCUUGAGAGACUGGCUGCCUUUGAUGGAGAGGUGCGGUGUGAACCACCCAACAACAAGCUGGAUAAGUUUACCGGGACUCUGAUUCACAAGGAAGAGAAGCACGCCUUGGAUAACGAGAAAAUGCUGCUGAGGGGCUGCACUAUUCGCAACACCGAAUGGUGCUACGGACUGGUCAUCUUUGCCGGGCCAGACACCAAAUUAAUGCAGAACAGCGGGAAGGCCACGUUUAAACGGACAAGCAUAGAUCACCUCAUGAAUGUCCUUGUCUUUUCGAUUUUUCUGUUUCUGGCGGCUAUGUGUUUAAUCCUGGCUAUAGGGAAUGGUAUCUGGGAGAAGAGACGAGGCUUCUACUUCCAGAUCUAUCUGCCCUGGGCGGAAGAAGUCAACUCAGCUACCCUGUCAGCACUCCUCAUAUUCUGGUCGUAUGUCAUCAUUCUGAACACCGUGGUACCUAUCUCACUGUAUGUCAGUGUAGAGAUCAUCCGAUUGGGCAACAGCUUCUACAUUGAUUGGGACCGCAAAAUGUAUUAUUCAGUCAACAACACACCAGCCCAGGCCCGCACUACCACCCUGAAUGAAGAGCUGGGGCAGAUCAAAUAUGUGUUUUCAGAUAAAACAGGAACCCUCACUCAGAACAUCAUGGCUUUCAACAAGUGCUCAAUCAAUGGAAAAUCAUAUGGUGAUGUCUAUGACCUGCUUGGACAGAGACUUGCGGUCACGGAGGAAACAGAAACUGUGGAUUUCUCCUACAACGAACUGGCUGACCCCAAGUUUGCAUUUUACGAUCACAGUUUGGUAGAAGCGGUGAAACUCGGAGACACUGCCGUCCACCAGUUUUUCCUCUCCCUCUCCCUCUGCCACACGGUGAUGUCAGAAGAGAAAGAGGAAGGAAACCUGGUGUACCAAGCCCAAUCUCCAGACGAAGGAGCCCUUGUAACUGCAGCCAGAAAUUUCGGAUUUGUUUUCCGAUCACGCACUCCCGAAACGAUCACGGUGGUGGAAAUGGGGGAAACCAGGGUCUACCAACUUCUUGCAAUCCUGGAUUUCACCAAUGUGCGCAAAAGGAUGUCUGUGAUCGUGCGGGAUCCUGAAGGCAAAUUGAUACUAUUCUGCAAGGGGGCUGACACCAUCAUCUACACACUACUUGACAGUUCCUCGGAGGCCCUGAAGGAUGUGACCAUGGAGCACCUGAAUGAGUUUGCCGGGGAAGGUUUACGCACCCUUGUCGUGGCCUACAGACAGCUGGAUGAGUCGUACUUCAACACCUGGAUCACGCGUCACCAUGAAGCCAGCACAGCCCUGGAGGAACGAGAGGAAAAGUUAGCAAUGCUAUACCAAGAAAUCGAAAGCAACCUAAUGUUACUAGGAGCCACGGCCAUCGAAGACAAAUUACAGGACGGAGUGCCAGAGACCAUCGAAACCCUGACCCGAGCCAAGAUUAAUGUGUGGGUGCUCACAGGUGACAAACAAGAGACCGCCAUGAACAUUGGCUAUUCCUGCAACAUGUUGGAUGACGACAUGGACAAAGUAUUCGUCAUCGAAGGUCAAGACUCCCAAACCGUGCUGAAGGAGCUCAGAGAAGCAAGGAAAGAGAUGAGACCUGAAUCCUUUCUGGACACCGACCCCGUUAACAUUCGGAUUUCCCAGCCUACCAAAGAAAACCUCAUCCUGCCUGAAGAGAAUGCCAGUGGGAACUUUGGCAUGGUCAUCAAUGGACACAGUUUGGCAUUCGCCCUGGAAGCGAAGCUGGAGCUGGAGCUGCUCCGAGCGGCCUGCAUGUGCAAGGCAGUCAUCUGCUGCCGCGUGACCCCGCUGCAGAAGGCGCAGGUGGUGGAACUGGUGAAGAGGCACAAGAACGCGGUGACGCUGGCUAUCGGGGAUGGGGCCAACGACGUCAGCAUGAUUAAGACGGCCCACAUCGGGGUUGGGAUCAGUGGCCAGGAAGGGAUGCAGGCUGUGCUUUCCAGCGACUUCUCCUUCGCCCAGUUUCGGUUUCUCCAGCGGCUGCUUUUGGUCCACGGCCGCUGGUCCUACAUCCGCAUGUGCAAGUUCCUCAGAUAUUUCUUCUACAAGAACUUCGCCUUCACGCUGGUUCACUUUUGGUACGGCUUCUUCUCUGGCUUCUCGGCCCAGACCGUGUAUGAUGAGUGGUUCAUCACUUUGUACAACCUUGUCUACACCUCCCUCCCUGUGUUGGGAAUGAGCCUCUUCGAUCAGGACGUGAACGAUUACUGGAGCCUGCGUUUCCCAGAGUUGUACGAGCCAGGCCAGCACAAUCUCUACUUCAACAAGCGGGAGUUCAUCAAGUGCAUGGUUCAUGGCAUCUACAGCUCCCUCAUUCUCUUCUUCGUGCCCUUUGGGACAGUCUUCAACUCAGUGCGGAGUGACGGCAAGACCAUCUCAGACUACCAGUCCUUCGCGCUGAUGGCCCAGACCUCCCUGCUCAUGGUGGUGUCUGUCCAGAUUGGUCUGGACACAGCCUACUGGACAGCGGUGAACCAGUUCUUCAUCUGGGGUAGCCUGGCAGUCUACUUUGCCAUCACCUUCACCAUGUACAGCGACGGAAUGUACCUCAUCUUCACCAGCUCCUUCCGUUUCAUCGGGACGGCUCGAAACACUCUGAACCAGCCGGAAGUGUGGCUGUCCAUCUUCCUGAGCGUCAUCCUCUGCAUGCUACCUAUCGCCGGAUACAGGUUCCUCAAGGCUGAACUCAAGCCCACAACGAAUGACAAGGUCCUGCGCAAGAUCCGUGAGUCCAUGAAGAAGCCACUGCCGCCCCCGCCCAAGGCCCGGCUGAGACGGACGAGCUCGCGCCGGUCCGGCUACGCCUUCUCCCACCAGCACGGCUUCGGCGCGCUCAUCACCUCGGGGAGGAACAUGCGGGCCAAGUCACCUUUCGCCACUACGGGAACCUACUCCCCCAACAAGUGAGACUCGAAGGGGAGGCCGGGGGCUGGCCUCCUCCCCGGCCCAGUUCAGGCGGCCGCUCUGCGGCUGCCGCUUCGGUUCUCCCCGUUUCUUCCAGGCCGCAAUUCCUCUCCAACUCCAGUUCCUUUUCAGACGACGCAGCCGUCCGUCCGCGGGGGCGAGGCCCGAGCUCAGGUCCCCACGACCUCCGGCAGCGGCAGGGGCCCAGCCACUCGGCUGCCUGCGCCGUCACGGGCGGCAGGGGGUGCCUAGGCCGAGGCCUGGCACCCGGGCCCUCUUCGAUACAUACCUCAGCGUGAGCCCAGAGACGGUAAGGGGACCCCGGCCCCAGACAGCCUCGGCUUGGGCUUGGCUAGUCGGCAUUUCGGCGGCAACUAGAAGGCUCCUUCCCUAAGGCCGCCAACACUUCAUUAGUCCCAAGUCUUGGAUCCCUGGCUCCGAGGGGCUUGGACUGAUCUGGGCUCUCGAGAUGCACUAAGAUGGACACCAGAAACACUAAUUCUCCCGGCUCUGGGAAGGGCCCGACUUUGCACCUCCGUGCUAUUUCCCAGGCUGCUUUCGCUGCUCCCGUCGGCUGCGGUGAGCCCAACGCUCCAAAGGGGCCGGUGGGUAUCGGCGAUGAGGUUGAAGCGCGCUUUCACUGCUGUCCGAAAGAGGAUCUCCCGGGAGCUCCCAAGCCUUCUUUCAAGUCUAGAGAGUCUCACUCUGGGUUUCAAAGGACUCUUUCCUAACAGAGGUGAAAAGCGUGGCGAAAACCUUGUAUGGAUGAUCUCUAAGACCCACAUACAUGCGCGUGCGCGUAUGCACACGGCUCAGUCAGGAUAGUAAAUCCACUCGGUAGCUCCCCCCGCUCGAGAUCCAAGAUCAAAGGGGCAGUGAGAGCCCAAGGGAUCAUUGAAGUUAGAGGGCGACAGGUUCAUGUUGGGAGGAAAUCUCAUUCCUGCAAGGAUUCUCGGGCUAAGCCACGGUGAUUUGAGUACACUACAUGGGGAAAAGAGAGCAGAAGAAAGUUCGGGGGCAUCAACUCUAUCCAGCGGACACCCGCUGCCGCCUCAGCUCCAGAAAGCGAGGAGGAGACACCGUCUACGGGGGAUUUGGUUGGCAGGUCCUGGAUUUACCCCCGAAAGAGGGGCCGUAACCCCAGCGUCCCGGUUGCCUACUGGUCCCUGGGACAUUUCUCCCCCCAUCCUCUUCCCAUUUAACUCCAAGGCCGUAGCCCAGGGGAGAUGGGGUGGUUAAGGGGCAGCGUCGAGAGAAGGGAUGCAGGAGGAAAGGGACCAUCAACCCCGUGAAUUCUCCCCGCCCACUCGCGCUCCCUUCUUGAUCCGAAAACGCGCGUCAAGUCCCGGGAAACGGAGGAAGUGGGUCGGGCGGUGGUUUGGAACGUCUGGACUUGUUCCAACAAGCAGAGGAGGGCUAGGGGAAGGACUGGGAUGAAGAAAAGAAGACAGAGGCUGUUGACUCUGGAAAGAAUUUGUACAGACUUGGAUAAUUGUGUUUUUCAAAUAAAAAAUUCAUGGUUUAUGA